AAAGAUUCGUAAAUGUUUCGAAACCUCAUGAAGCAGUGCUUCGAAAACGACCAUCACAUAGGUUUCGGCGGAGGACCGGAAGUUGUGUCCGUAGUUCAAAAUAUUUGUGUUGCCUUUUUUGCCUGUUAUUUUUUAGCUUUAUUGAUGGUGUUUACAGUUUGGUUCGUAACAAGAUGACGCAGAUUUGCGGUCAUAUACAAGCUUUACUAUUAUAUAAAUCUACAUAAACGAGUAAAUCAUGGGAAACGGAAUGAAUAAGGUUGUUGAUGGUCUCUAUCUUGGAAAUAUAAGAGAUUCAGAAAACAGAGACAGUCUGUCCCGUCAUGGCAUCACCCACAUCCUCUCUGUGUGCAAUAAUGCCAAGCCUGUGUUAAAGGACAUGACCUAUCUGUGCAUCAAUGCAGCCGAUGCCUCUAGCCAAAAUCUGUCACAACAUUUUAAAGAGUGUAUUCGCUUUAUCCACGAGAGUCGACUCAAUGGAGGGGCAUGUCUAGUUCAUUGUCUUGCUGGAGUGUCUCGCAGCACUACCAUGGUAGUAGCUUACCUCAUGACCGUCACUUCUUACGGCUGGGAGGAGUGUCUGAAUGCUGUGAAGGCUGUGAGAUCCUUUGUGGGCCCAAAUAAUGGCUUCCAGCAACAGCUUCAGGAGUUUCAGAUGAAACAUGUGUCUGAGUACCGGGCAUGGCUGCAGGCCAGCUACAGACCCAGUCCCUUUAACGACCAGGAGCAGGUUCAAGCUUUACUAAGUCUAUACACUGAACAACAGCAACAGGCCCAGCAGCGUGAAGAAGAAUGGCUGAACCAGUCCUCUAGCACCUGCUACCUCCCCUACAACCGACACAGCACACCAGGCAGCAACAGAUGAAAGAGGUCCAGAUGCCCUUCCUAGCAUAAAUCUGCUUUAACCUCAGCCAGACACUAAGGCGGCAUGGGACGAGCCAGAGUUGAGGACUUUUAUUGGUAUACUAGACUCAAAUGUGCAUUUCGUUUCAAACUGUACUACAUUAAGUGAGAUGAAACUUGAAGUAUUUUUUGUGUCUUUUAGCUUGAGUUGAAUACAAAACUUGGCAUAAUGAAGUGGUUGUAUAAUACAGAUCUAAUAGAGAUUAACAGUAUUUAAUAAAUCUGACAAAAUAUUAUUAUGGAUAAAGGUGUAGAAUUUACGGACUUUUGUUCUCUCUAAAUAUUAAAAUAAACACAAAACGAUUUGGGUGUGUAUUUAACAUAUUUAGCACGUAGUCAUAGUACAAGACCACUUUACUCAUGGUUGUCUUUGAAAUAGUUAGAAAUUACUGUUUACAAAAUAUGGGAAAUAUUUAGUUGAAUUGAAUGUUUGUGUUCUAUUUCCAAUGACUUUCCUGUUGAUCAAUUAAAAUAAAGCAACAUUGUGAAUAUUGCGAUUAUACAAA